GGCCCCGAGCUGCCCGGACUCGGGCGGCGGGAUGAGCGCGGCGGCGCGGACGCUGCGGGUGCCGGGCCGGCACGGCUACGCGGCCGAGUUCUCCCCGUACCUGCCGGGCCGCGUGGCCUGCGCCGCGGCGCAGCACUACGGCAUCGCGGGCUGUGGAACUCUGCUAAUAUUGGAUCAAGAUGAAUCUGGGCUUAGGGUUUUUAGAAGCUUUGACUGGAGCGAUGGUUUGUUUGACGUGACCUGGAGUGAGAACAAUGAACAUGUCCUGGUCACCUGUAGUGGUGACGGCUCACUCCAGCUCUGGGACACUGCCAAACCCGCAGGGCCACUGCAGGUCUACAAGGAACACACUCAGGAGGUGUAUAGUGUUGAUUGGAGCCAAACCAGAGGUGAACAGCUUAUGGUGUCUGGCUCAUGGGAUCACACUGUCAAACUGUGGGAUCCGACUGUUGGGAAGUCUCUGUGCACCUUUAGAGGCCACGAAAGUGUCAUUUAUAGCACAAUCUGGUCUCCCCACAUCCCUGGUUGCUUUGCUUCAGCCUCAGGUGAUCAGACUCUGAGAAUAUGGGACAUGAAGUCAACAGGAGUCAGAGUUGUGGUUCCAGCACAUCAAGCAGAAAUUUUGAGUUGUGACUGGUGUAAAUACAAUGAGAAUUUGCUGGUGACAGGGGCAGUUGAUUGUAGUUUGAGAGGCUGGGACUUGAGGAAUGUGCGACAACCAGUGUUUGAGCUUCUUGGUCACACCUAUGCUGUUAGGAGAGUGAAAUUUUCACCAUUUUAUGCUUCUGUGCUGGCCUCGUGCUCCUAUGAUUUUACUGUAAGAUUCUGGAACUUUUCCAAGCCUGACCCUCUUCUUGAAACAGUGGAACAUCAUACGGAGUUUACUUGUGGUUUGGAUUUCAGUCUUCAGAGUCCUACUCAGGUGGCUGACUGUGCUUGGGAUGAGACGAUAAAGAUCUAUGAUCCCGUUUGUCUCGCCAUGCCUGCUUGAGGCACCCCACUCCGGUCAGAGACAGCAGAAGAACACCGAAGAACCACUUAACAGGAAAUCAAUUAACUAUUGAUAACAUAGACAUUAGGUUAUCUUCAGAUUUCAAAUUUUAAAAAUUUACCCUGGAAUCAAUUUUGAGGCAGCUGAUAAAGGUGUUGGCUCACUAUUUAAGCCUAGUUCGUAAGCCAUAUCUCUUAAAACCCUAAGGAAUAAUUGAUGUUAUGGUAUAUCUUGUACUAUCUAUUAAAAUGUAACCUCUGUAUUGUAAAAUGGAUUAAAAAAUGGGAGAUCCAUAGA